AUAUUGAUCUCCGGUUUGGUAUGCAACCUUCGAUGUACCUCAACAGUACAGUGCGCGUAAACUCAAAUCUCUAGACUCAAGGGCUUUCAAUAGUUGCAGGAGUUCCUCGACGUAUCCAUAUGCUGUCGCUUUGUUACGGGAAAUAGCAGCCGCCUCAGUUUGGGAAAGUGCUUUACAUAAAGAGGUCUUCGUCGUGCUGGCCGGUUCGCCACAAUAUUCAAGGUUCUGUCCAAGAUCAACGUGUCUAUCAAAGCAUCUUAUCAACGGCGACCGUUACGGCUUGCUAUGCCUGAGGGCCACUAUCAAAUGGAGUUCUCAAUUGCCCCAACUCCCAGACUCGCAGCUGGGGUGCCCUUUCGGACACCAAUCAUCGUAACGUUCUCAGCUGCCACUAUCACAGAGGUUGAUAACAGAGAAGAUGCAGAAACAUUUUCGUUGUCUGAUCUGAGUGGCGCCUGGGCGAUGAUUUCUCUCACAACUGCCGAUAUGCAAGAAAACUUGGCACCACCUAGGACAGAUCUAUUGCGCGGCAAUACGGCAGACUCGAUUCAUCCCAUCGAUCAAGAGCAAGUGGUAGACCGUCCUACCAUAGGAUACGCAACGUUCCGAGGACUCGUCAUCGCGGAGCCUGGGCAAUACCGCCUCAAAGUGAACAUCAUUGACAUGGACAGUGUGUUCUACGACGGGUCAGACCCCAGCGCAGGGGUGGUUCUACCAUCCCUAUAUUCACAAAUAUUUGAAGUGGUUGAAGGAGACGAGCAUGGCGUUUGCGAAUCCAAAGUUGCAGAGACGAUCACUCGACUACGAUCAAUGGGAGUGGAUUGUUGAGGAACAAAUACUCUCAAGGACAACAGCAGGUGGUGAGCAUUCAGGAAUCUGUGGGCAUGCUGAUGCUGGUCCUAUUAACAGGUUUUUCACGACGACGGGUUUUUGGUCUUCUCAGUGCUUUGUGAGUGCUCAGGAGCAC